AUGCUCGGUGAAUUUGGUGAUUUUGUCCGAAUUAAAGAUAGUCAAAUAGCAGUUGACCAAAAAUUAGAAACCAUUCGCGAACAUUUAAAAGUACCUUAUAAAGGUGUAGUUCGUUUUGGGGGGAAAACCACUGAACAAAUUGCCAAAGAAAGAUACGAUAAAGUUUUAGAAGAGGUUAAUUUCGACUAUGAUAAACUUCAUGAUUGGCUUUACAAAGAGGAAAAUAAAGAUAAAGUUGAAAUAGUUAAGUUGGAAGGGUCAGAUUUUCAAGCAGCAACCGAAGCAAUUUUUAAUAAAAUUAAAAGUAAAACUGGACAAAUUAUUUAUCCUUCUUUUCACCUUGAUAAAGAAUAUAACGAAUUACGUGUGGCCAAUUGGAAAUCAAUAGAGGAAAAUUAUGUUCCAAUGAAAGGAACAUUUAAUAAUACAGAUGCUAUUUUAAUUGACUGGGCUGGUGAGGUAGGAAACACCAGCAAGACAGGAAAUAAUAAAUACAACUCGGUAGUUAUUUUUCUCCACGGCACUUAUGGACACAGAGGAAUUUUUAAAGAAAUGGAACCAAAACUCCCCCAUACUAAAAUUAUUUAUCCUUAUUCACCAACUUUACAAUAUGAUAUGUGGCAUGGUGCCGCUAAGGCUCCGGGUGGGCAAUGUCAAGACUAUCCGCAAUUAAGGCGAGCCACUAGCUAUGUUAACGAUAUUAUUGAGGGAGAAAUCGCAAAUGGCAUUUCGCCAGAAAAGAUUUUCGUAGCGGGUUAUUCCCAAGGUGGUUUAUUAACUUUGGCCGUGGCUUUGACUUCGCCGCACCAAUUAGGUGGUUUUAUUUCUCUCUGUGGACUUUUGCCUCAAAGAGGUUAUAAUGUCGAAUUUAAGACUCAUCCAGGUUUAGGACACAUUUGGAAAAACGAGGAUAUAACGGAGUUUCUGGAAAAGUGUUUCGACCAAAAGGCCAAAAAACCGCCAAAUAAAACUAGUAGUGAAUGGAAUACCGCUCAAAAAUUAAUUAUUAGUGGUGGAGUAAUUGGAAUAGUGGUUAUAAUUUGUUAUCUAAUAGUGUUAAUUAGGAAAAAAAAGAGAGGAGUUAAUCAAAAUAAGGUUUAA